AUGUUUUGCAUGCUAUUAAACCAUGGUGGAAAGUUUACUGAUUUUCCUGGAAGGAAGUAUGUAAACGGAAAGAUACAUUACGUUAAGUUAAUAGACAUCGAGACUUUCUGUGUUCACGAUAUUGAUGACAUGAUGGUGAAACUUGGGUAUAUCGAUGAAAAUCUACAUGUGGAGAUGUACUAUCAUUUUCGAAGGCCACUGUGCGAUUUGGAUUUUGGCUUGUUUGCUUUAGCUUCAGAUGAUGAUGUAAGGCAUUUAGCAAAAUAUGUUGGCCAACAUAAGCUAAUAGAGGUGUAUACAGAGCACGGGCAAACGAAAUUACACACAUACUCGAUGUCACCAAACCCAUCUAAGGUACGUAUAGUUGAGAUUGAUUGUACCCCAAAAAGAUUGUUUUUGGAAUGGCAUGAUACACAAGUUGAGCCUAAUGAUGUGUUGACAUUUGAGCCUAAUAGAAACAACCCUCCUAUUUCACCUACUAGAAAUGAGCCUUCAGUUGACAAGGUGGACAUGGUAAGUGAUAAUGCAAACAUCAUGGAAACUGAAAUUGAACAUAGUAGUGAUGAUAAUAGCAGUGGUGAUGAGAUCAACAGUGGUGAUGAUAGUGAGAGUCAAGAUGGUGACUUUCUUGUGGACGAAGACAAUAUCAUUGAUGAUGUUGAAGUUGACAUGAGAGAAUUCCACUUGAAUGUUGAACCAGAUGUUGAGUGGAUUGGAGGUGCUUCUAAAAGAAAGAAUCAUGUAGUUACAGAAGAUGGGAAUGAAGCAGACCUUGAAGUUAUAGAUAUGGAACUUUUCUUGUCCGACUCUUCAUCGGAUGAUGGGAUAGAAGGAGAAAGAAACAAAAAGAUUAAAGUUAUUAGAAGGGCGCAUGAGAACGAAAAUGCUCAAGUCAGUGAGCCUUUCUAUUUAUAUCAGAAAUUUAAUUUGUCAAAGGAGUUUAAAGAUAGGGUUAACCAACAUGCAAUAGAUACAAGAAGGGAGUUGGAUUUUGAGAAGAAUGAUAAAAACAGAGUAAGGGUUGUAUGCAGGGGAACCAUAACAAGCCUAGGUGGUGGGACCGGUCAAGAAGUAGUCAAUGAAGAAGGUAAGUGUCCUAGGGUUCUUUUAGCCAGCGUUACAAAACGUGACAAGGAUUGGACAGUUAAAACAUAUGUUAGUGAACAUAAAUGUCUUCAAACAAGAAAGUUUAGGGUUUGUGAUUACAAGUUUCUUUCAAAGCAAAUUCUACACCUGGUGGAAGCAAACCCAAAAAUUCCAGUCAAGGCUUUAAGGGAACAACUUCAACGUAUCUACAAAGUAGAUAUUUCUAAGAUGAAAGCCUUUAGGGCAAGAGAAGUAGCCUUAAAAAUUAUCAGGGGUGAUUAUGCCACUCAGUACAAGAUCUUACAAGAUUAUUUGUUAGAAGUGCAGACUCAAAACCCAGACACCACUAUCAAGCUUGAUGUCGAAAGUGAACCAAAUCCUGAUGUUGAGACAAGAACCUUCAGGCGCAUGUACGUGUGCCUUGGUGCUUUGAAGCAAGGAUUUGCAGCAGGGAAGAGGGAUUUUCUUGGGGUAGACGGGGCUUUCAUGAAAGGACCUUUCCAUGGUCAAAUUUUAUCUGUUGUGGCUUUAGAUGGGAAUAAUGGAAUAUAUCCUUUAGCAUAUGCUGUGGUUGAAGCUGAGACAUUGAACUCUUGGACAUGGUUUUUAACUCACUUGGGUGAUGACCUACGGUUGGCUUCAAAUUCAAAUUUUACAUUUAUAUCAGACAGGCAAAAGGGUUUAAGUUCUGCCAUCGCAGAUUUGUUUCCUUGUGCAGAGCACCGUUAUUGUGUUCGCCACAUACACGAAAAUAUGAGGUCACGUUGGAGAGCGGAUAAGUUUAAAGAACUGCUUUGGAAUUGUUCAACAACAUAUAUUGUGCAAGAGUUUGAAAAAGAAAUGGAAGAAGUUAGAAAAUUAAACCAAGAAUGUUAUUAG